AUGAAUAAUUUCAACCGGUUACAUCCGGAGAUCAUUCAUACUCACAUCCUUCCACGCCUCGACGGCACUUCGUUAACCGCCUUAUCCUCCGUCUCUUCCGAAUUCCGCCACAUGAUCUGCAACAACGAUAAACUAUGGAAGACAAUUUGCACCUCCACAUGGCCUUACUUGCCAUGUUGGAACCAUAGCCGCUUACUCUCUAACUUCCCUUGUGGUUACCGUUCCUUCGUCCCCGUCUCCGAUGCGCUCCCUUCUCUUCAUCAUAAUCAUAAUAAUAACAGUAAUUCUCAGUCCCAUUGUAUUGAUCGUCCUCCCACUAAAUAUAUCAUCUUCGCCAUUGCUAUGUAUUUACAGGGAGAACCAGAUUCUUUGUAUACAAUAGUUGAAUCUCAUCGUAUAGAAGAAAAUAUGUGUCCCGGGUUGUACAUCAAGUCCCAGCAUUAUUGUAAAUUUAAUUUGUUUGACAAUAGUACUCAGGAAAGGAAAGAGGGAUGUAAGGAGUAUUUUCGAGAAAAUUUCAGGUUGAAUUGGGUAGUUAUCGAUCCAACUCAAAAGCGUGCUGGGAGCUUGUUUCAUUCUAGUUGUAAACCGGUUUCUGUUCAAGAAACAUUAACAAAUAUUAAGUUGGUGUACACGACGGUGCUGCCGAUGCUGCCUGGGCUUUAUACGGAGAUGAUGAAAUGUCAUGUGGAGGUCAAGUGCUUCUGGAGAAGAGGAUGGAAAGGGUUGUGGGUUAAGUUUAGAAUGAAGGAUAUUAAUAGGAAAAUUGUGAACACUGUUCUAUGUUGA